UGAACCUGUUCGCGCCGGUUAUUACUACUUCUCGUUGUCGUGUUUACGCGGUGUGCGCGAGGAUGGUGGACUUUAGGACAUUGUUGUAAGUGAGUCGGGGAUUUCGAGUGAGUGUCAACUUUAUGGUAAAGUUCUAACUCAGUUUAACUCGCCGUGAUUGUGUUGUGAGUGGAUUUUUAUGCGAGUGAAGAUUGUGUUAACUUUUUGCAUUAUGGCGCGUUGUUCGUGAAAAUGUAACAGGAACUGAUGUUGACAUUAAAACUCGGCUAAGAUGGAGUGCUCCGUUCGGCCCAGCCCCACGAGGGUUCUUUCUUUGUGGACACUGCUUAUAGGCAUGUUCAAUAUCGCAGGUCUACGACCAGGCCCGAGUGUCAGAGCGGAGUCUCUAGACUCAGUUAACCUGUCAGCAGUGGCCGGUGGUGACGCGACACUCCCCUGCGACACUCGGUCACCGCAGCCUCCUGACGCGUUGCUCCUCGUCGUCUGGUAUAAAGAUGACGUGCCUAUAUACAGUUACGACGGCAGAGUAAAAGGCCCAACCGCGCACUGGGCCGACGCUUCGCUCGCGGGGCGCGCCCGCUGGCACGCGUCCCCGCAUUCCGCGCUCAAGAUCCGCGACGUUAUCCCCACCGACCGCGCACUAUACCGCUGCAGGGUCGAUUUCAAAGUGUCACCUACGAGAAAUUAUAAACUCGUUCUGCAUGUUAUAGAAUUACCAGAGAAGCCGAAAAUAUUUGACGAGAGCGACAAGGAAAUAAUUGGUAUAGCCGGCCCUUACAUAGAAGAUACAAGUCUCAAACUUACCUGUGUUGUAAGUGGAGGUAAACCAAUGCCGCGUCUUCGAUGGUGGCGUGACGACAAGAUGAUAUCAAAGCUAGACCCUACUGAAGAUGGUUCCCGUCUCAGUACAUUAGAGCUCAAAAUACCAAAGCUAAAGAGAGAAUACUUCGAAGCAGUGUAUACUUGUACUGCAGAUAAUACUGCGCUAGUGCCGCCGCUACGGGUUAACGUUCAAAUACAGUUAUAUCUACGGCCGUUACUAGUGGAGAUCCUGUCAAGAGAGCAGCCUCUAUCUGUGGGGAAUGAAGCAGAACUAGCUUGCAGAGCGGUUGGUGCUCGACCGCCAGCUACCAUCACGUGGUGGCUUGAUAACAAGCAGAUGGCUGUCACUGAUCCACAAAAGGACUCGGAGGACCGUAACGAAACUAUAUCGUUCCUCCGGUGGACGCCUCGUAUGGAGGACGACGGGCGCACUCUCAAAUGUCGAGCUGCUCACACCAAAUUGGAACACGCCACACUCGAGACUAGUAUCAAAUUGGAUUUGCAUUUCAUGCCCAUAGUGACGUUACAACUGGGGUCCACGUUGAACCCCAAUGACAUAGAAGAGGGUGACGACGUAUACUUCGACUGUGGGGUCAAUGCGAACCCGCCCGCGUAUAAAGUUGUCUGGGAACAUAAUGGCCAAGUAAUGACGCACAAUCAGCGAGCGGGAGUGAUUGCUGGAUCUGCCCAUUUAGCGCUGCAAGGAGUGUCGAGGGAGCAGGCUGGGAAGUACGUCUGUAUAGCGUCGAAUGUUGAGGGAGAUGGUCGGUCUGAACCGGUCACUUUGCAAGUUAUUUAUAAACCAGUAUGCAAGAACACAAUGACAGCUAUAGUGGGUGCUGCUAUCAACGAAGCGGCGCGGGUGACGUGCGAGGUCGACGCGUUUCCACCACCAAAGAACUUCCAAUGGGUCCUAAAUAACACCAUGGGGACUAAGGAGAUUGAUCCUAGUAAAUUCACGGUCACGAGCGUAGGCCGUUCCGUACUCACAUACACGCCGACCGCAGAAACCGACUAUGGCUCGCUAGCGUGUCGUGCCACAAACCUAGCGGGCCAGCAGAUCGAGCCAUGUAGAUAUACCAUGCUGCCGGCUGUGAAGCCAGAUCCGCCAACUAAUUGUUCAGCUAGGAAUCUGACGGAUGAUUCCGCGGAAUUACGAUGUGCGGCUGGUUACGACGGCGGCCUCCAAACGACGUAUUUCGUGGAAGUAUGGGAGGCGGGCGAGCUAAUAGCCAACGUCUCAACUAUUACCCCGGUGUGGAAGCUACAAGGGCUCGGUUCCGGGAAGGCGUUGAAGUUGGCCUUCUACGCAAACAACGCGCGGGGACGGUCUGAAGUUACCACUAUGAGAGUGCACACACUGUCGAGGCUUGCCUUGCAUACAGAGGCCAAGAGUACAUCAGGGAUGGACACCAGCUGGGCGUUAGGCAUCAUAGCUGGUAUCGUGGUGACUCUGGCCAUACUUACUGCUAUUGCGUUGUUGGCAAGGAAACGGCAUAGGCCGUUGCAAUAUGAAGCGCCAGUGCAAACAGUGAAGGCGUAUAAAGGCUCAAUGCAAAGUGCUAACCAUUCACCCAUACAGACAGACGACAAAAAUCCAGACGUAGUGCCGCUCGGUAAAGAUUAUAAUUGCGCGAGGGACCUGGAACGGCCACCGGAGCCUCCGCCCUACGCUGCCGUGGUGUCCCCGCCCGUGGGGUCCUCCCGGAGCGUGCAUAGCUUACACGAUACGAGGUCGAAUACGCCUCACACGCCGAACACUCCAGCUUCUGAUGCUCAGAGCAUCGGCACGCUAGGAGAGGACCGACGCAGCGUGACAAGCGGAACUCUGUCACGGCGGAGAGAAGUCGUCACGACGAGGACACCACUCCUAGCGAACGCGAGAGAGAGUUGUGUGUAGACUAAGCCUAAUGUUAAUAUAGUAAAUCCUUGUAAAGUCCCAAUGGGAAAUUGAUGUAAAGUUAGAUUUUUUAAUUUGUUUAUUGUUAGACUAGUUUCUAUGUUGAUUGAAGAUUAUAGGAUAAAUAUUGA